AUGCCGGCCCACUUGCUGCAAGAGGAGAUCUCUAGCUCCUACACAACCACCACCACCAUCACAGCACCUCCUUCCAAGGUCCUGCAGAAUGGAGGGGGCAAAUUGGAGAAGACUCCCCUAUACUUGGAAGAAGACAUCCGCCCUGAAAUGAGAGAUGACAUCUAUGACCCAACUUACCAGGAUAAGGAGGGCCCAAAGCCCAAGCUUGAGUAUGUUUGGAGAAACAUCAUCCUCAUGGGUCUGUUACACUUGGGAGCCCUGUAUGGGAUCACAUUGAUCCCCACCUGCAAGAUAUACACCUUUCUCUGGGUGUUAUUCUACUAUGUGAUGAGUGCCCUGGGCAUCACAGCAGGGGUCCAUCGCCUGUGGAGUCACCGGACCUACAAAGCUCGGCUGCCCCUGCGGGUCUUCCUGAUCAUCGCCAACACCAUGGCGUUCCAGAAUGACGUUUUUGAAUGGUCCCGAGAUCACCGUGCCCACCACAAGUUUUCAGAAACGGAUGCUGAUCCCCACAAUUCCCGACGUGGCUUUUUCUUCUCUCACGUGGGUUGGCUGCUUGUGCGCAAACACCCAGCUGUCAGAGAAAAGGGUGCUACGCUAGAUUUAUCCGACCUAAGAGCUGAGAAGCUGGUGAUGUUCCAGAGGAGGUACUACAAACCUGGUGUCCUGCUGUUGUGCUUCAUCCUGCCCACACUCGUGCCGUGGUAUCUAUGGGGUGAAACGUUUCAAAACAGCCUUUUUUUUGCCACCCUUCUCCGGUACGCUGUUGUGCUCAAUGCCACCUGGCUGGUGAACAGCGCUGCCCAUAUGUAUGGAUAUCGCCCUUACGACAAGACCAUCAACCCCCGAGAGAAUAUCCUGGUUUCCCUGGGAGCUGUGGGUGAGGGCUUCCACAACUACCACCACACCUUUCCUUAUGACUACUCUGCCAGCGAGUACCGCUGGCACAUCAACUUUACCACAUUCUUCAUUGAUUGCAUGGCUGCCAUCGGUCUGGCUUAUGACCGGAAGAAAGUAUCCAAGGCUGCCGUCUUGGCCAGGAUGAAAAGAACUGGAGAGGAAAGCUGCAAGAGUGGCUGA